AUGGCUACAUCUCCCAAGAAACAUGCGCUCGUCUUCGGUGCGACUGGUCUUAUCGGCUGGGGAGUCGUCAAUGAACUUCUUUCGAGCUAUCCUCACCCCGGCGUUUUUUCAAUGGUUACUGCAGUAGCAAAUCGCUCAAUUACUGCAAGUGGCGCCCACUGGCCAGAACGGUCCCCGGAAAUUCCAGAGCUACAGGUCGUGACAGGAAUAAAUUUGUUGCAGAGGACAUCGGAAGAUUUAGCCACGAAGCUCAAGGAUUGCAUAAACGAUGUCGGUAGCAUCACGCACGUUUUUUAUACUGUCUUCGUCGCAAUCAACGAGGAUUCUAUCAAGGAAGCCGAAACAAACUGCGACAUGAUGCGACGGGUUGCCGAAGCCGUCAACAGCCUCUGUCAAAAUCUGGAGUCUUUUGGCUACGGUAUCUACAUCCCAAACGGUAUCUUCACAGCACCACUCGAGGAAAGCAUGGCAGACAAAUUGUCUUCUGACUACGCCAAAACUGUCGCAUACCCAGGAUAUAGGCGUGUUCUUACAGAGGCAAGCAAAAAUAGGAGUUGGAAAUGGUCUGAAAUAUGUCCGGAUGCUGUUGUUGGGUUCAGUCCAAUCGGGUCCAAUUUCUCACUCGCCUUACACUGGGCUCAAUAUCUUUCGUUGUACGCGUACAACCAUGGUGUACGUGAGCCAGCCGAUUAUGGGAAGGUUCAAGUCGCCUUUCCCGGAUCUGAGGGCGGUUACAAUGCGUUGUUCACGCCUGUCUCAACACGGAGUUUAGGCCGCAUCUCGAUUCACGCUGCUCUCAACUCUGAUAGCUGUGGCGGGCGGAUUCUAAAUGCAAUUGAUCAUGGUAGUCCGACGCAGUUUCGUGGGCUGUGGCCAAAGAUUACCGAAUGGUUUGGUCUUCAGGGUGUCGGUCCUGCAGAAGAAUGCCAACUCAAGCCAAGCGAAUACAUAGAUAAAUACAGGUCACCGUUUGAAGACAAUGGAAGAUCGAAAGCAGUCAGCGCUGGAGUUGGUGUGGGGAAUAGACAGCUAGAUAGUGUCGGUUGGUGGUUGGAAUUCGAUCCACAACUGAGCCCGGACAAGCUGAGAGCGUCAGGUUUCGAGGAGGAAAGUAAUCCUAUUCAGGGUUGGCUAAAGGCGUUUGAAAAGUUCAGAGCAGCUGGUAUCGUUUUUUAA